CGUUCCCAACCAUCUCUCUUGUACCUCGGCAUAUCUCUCGAAGCCGAUCGGUCGGGAAACAAUCUCCCCCUCCCAACCUCUGAACUCCGAGAAUUGUGUGUUAUCGAAUCUACACACUUCAAUGAUAGUUGGUAAUCCAAUAAAUCAAACUCCUCGUAUUAGAGUAUCAUUUCCCAUCGGCACUUGUGUGAUUGAAAUCUGCACAUCCUAUAUCACUGGCGAAAAGAGUCGAGCGUCUUGAUUUUGAUAUAGCUGAACAAGGGUUGAUCCAUUGGACGACAACGACAUUCAUAACUACUCCAGAAGCCACCAUUGAUCAAGAGAGGCCGACGGAAAAUACUUACUGGGGUCAACAGCAAAAGCGGAGACGACCAAAGCGCAUAAAUAAACAGAGAAGGGGGUCGAUAGAACGGACAAAACUACACAUCAUGGUACCGUCACCACCUAAAGCUAUUCUUUUCGACAUUGGAGGGGUUUGUGUAAUUUCGCCCUUCCGUGCCAUCCUAGACUAUGAAAUCGCCCACAACAUCCCGGAAGGCUACAUCAACUUCGCUAUCCAAAAGGGCCCACUAGCCACAGGCGCAUGGCAGCAGAUUGAACGAGGCGAAGUCCCACUCGACGACACAUGGUUUGCGCGGUUCAAAGCGCAGCUCGAAAACCGCUCUGCAUGGGCGGAAUUCCGUUCGAAGAGGAACCUCGAAAAAGAUGGAGAGAAGGAGGACGACGUCAACCCACCCACCAUUGACGCAAAAUCGCUCUUCUGGGAUAUGAUGCGGAUAAGCCGUACUCCAGAUCCAUACAUGUAUCCAGCGCUACUGAGACUCGCCCACUUCACACAAACCGUAAUGCCGAAAGUAGCACACGAGCAGAGGGGAGAAGGGAAAGAGGUUCCGCAGUUCAUUCUAGGUGCCCUCUCAAACACAAUCGCUUUCCCUACAGCUGCUGUCGACAAUCACGGUGAAGCAUUCACAUCGUCGCUCCUCCACCGUUCCCCUUUAUCACCGACUUUGUUCCCUCCCCACCUGCCAAACUUUGACCCGGCAAAUAUAUCCACCCACUUCGAUAUUUACCUCUCCAGCGCUCACCUCGGCGUGCGCAAGCCUGACCCCGCUGCGUACCGUCUCGCAGUGCGCGAGCUCAGUCGGCUGAGCGAGGCCCGCGGCACGGGGGUCGUCGAGCCGGGUGAUGUAGUGUUUUUGGAUGAUAUUGGGGCCAAUUUGAAGGGGGCCAAGGGGGUCGGGCUGAGGACUAUCAAAGUCCCCUUGGGUGGGACAAAGGGGGCGGUAAAGGAGUUGGAAGAGAUGAUCGGGAAGAAGCUGUUGGUCAGUGGUGGUGAUGAGGAGCAAAAGGAGAGAAAGACGAAGAGUAGCAAGUUGUAG